CAGUCUACCUACCAUACUAACUUGUUCACACUAACAGUGAGCAAAGAACUAGGUACAUGAUAUUAUUUAUCAACACCAUAUACCAUGGACGAAGAUUGCAAAGUUGUCUUAAUAACGGGCAGUUCGAGGGGAAUUGGAGCUGCGAUUGCUGAAUUAUUUGCCAAGCAAGGUGCUUUGUUAUCAAUCACAGGUCGUAAUAAGGAUAAGUUAAGUGAGGUUGCCAAGAAAUGCAAAGAAAAUGGAUCGAAACAAGUUUUGGAAACAAUAGCAGAUCUUACAAAGGAGGAAGAGAUGGACAAAUUAAUGGAAGAAACGAUUAAAACAUUCGGAAAAUUGGAUGUUCUUGUAAACAACGCUGGAAUUGUAUCUAUGACGUCUGUUGAGAAUUACACAGGAGAAUCGUUCGACAAGAUUUUAGCAAUCAACCUCAAAGCUCCAAUAUAUUUGACAAAGAUCGCGAAACCUCACCUUGCAUUGACAAAAGGCAAUAUAGUAAAUAUGUCAAGUGUUUCUGCUACACGUCUAACAGCAGGUUCCUUCAUGUAUGGUAUUACGAAGAAUGGACUUAGCAAUUUACGAAAACAACAGCUGCAAGUUUUGCAAAAGAUGGCAUAAGAUGCAACGCGAUAUGUCCAGGAGCGAUUGGCACCGAAAUAUUUGACAACUUUGUACCAAAAGAAAUCGUGGAAAGUAUUUUAACAGUCGAAGCAUCUUUGCUUAGCAGGAAAGUAGCAACAGUAGAAGAUGUUGCCAAUAUGGCCGUAUUUCUCGCCUCGGAGAAAGCUGCCAUGGUAACAGGUGAAUGCAUUGUGAUUGAUGGAGGACGGUACAUCACAAAAAUAAAUGAAUGAUCAUCCACACGAAGCAAACAAUAUUUGAAAACACACAAGAUGUCGCUUCGUUUUAUUUAGAAAUGACUGUAGAUAGAUACCAUUUUUACGAAUAACUUCAAAAUAUAUAAUUUUUUUUACAAUGAACGUAUAUAGCGUCUGCUUAAAUAUAAUUUAUUUUCAUCGAAGUGCUUAUAAACCUCCGACUGAUUUCUCCAUAUAUUCCUUGCACGAAUUUGAUGAGUGAAAUGACAAAUGUGUAGCAUAAAUAGAACAAACCGGCGCCGUGCACGUAAGUAUACGUAUAUCGGAUGUAUAUACACCUGUAAGACU